UCCUCCCAAUCAACAGAGGGUGAUAUAAGCUCAAGCUCCACAGGGCGUCAGUGCCAUGCGGUACAUAGUGACUCAUAGAGAAAGGUCUGGCAAGGUGCUUUGCUAUGUUAGUAGUUCUCAUUUUUGCUUCCUUGUCAGCACCUUUUGGAGACCGUCAAUGAAGAUUCACCACCCACUGCUGUUUGUAAAUACUGCAUUUACCGGUAAUCAAUUUGACUGAAGCUGCUUCUGGGAUCCGCCAUUCGCCACAGCUCCCUGACGUCCCCUACCUGGAAGAACUGUACCGCACUGAUUAACAAACCUCGUUCCUCCUUGCUCACGUGCCAUGUUUCCUACAUCUGAGUCCGUCAACCUGGAGUAUCUAUGAGUAGUUACUGUUUAUCCACCAAGGAGACCAGUUCCGUUCCUGGUGCUGUUACCUCCCUCACUGAUGAUGUCACCGGCUCAGUUCAACAGGGGCAUCCUUACCGAAGACAGAUAGACAACAGAGCCAUUUUGACCGCACCGGAGUGCGAAGGGAAAGGCGAAGAAUUGAAGAGCUCCUUGUUUCCCUUUUCUCCAUUUCACCGCUUUUCUCCACUGGCAGAGCCUGGCCAGUGGAGGGGUUGGGCCGCAGCCGGUUACACCUCCGCCUCCUCCUUCUCAGCCCCCGGAGAGGAGAGGCUGACACCAGACGCCGGAGCAUCAGUUUGAGGAGCGGAGUCUGGGAUCAGGUGGAAGAGGUUCGGAAGCUGGGCGGUUAAAAAAACCAGAGGAGGACGUUACUGGUUCUGCAUAGACCUGCAGGCCCUGUCCCGGGGCUCUAAAGAAAGCACAGCGGGAGGCUAGGAAGACAGCAGCACCAUGGCCGGGGCCUCUGUGAAAGUGGCGGUGCGAGUCCGCCCGUUCAACUCCAGGGAAAAUGGAAUGGACAGCAAAUGUAUCAUUCAGAUGUCUGGAAACACCACCACCAUCAUCAAUCCCAAACAGGCCAAAGACAACAAGAGCUUCAACUUUGAUUACUCGUACUGGUCUCACACCACGCCCGAGGAUGUCAAUUAUGCCUCUCAGAUGCAAGUGUACAAAGACAUCGGGGAAGAAAUGUUGCUGCACGCCUUUGAAGGUUACAAUGUGUGCAUCUUUGCCUACGGCCAGACCGGUGCUGGCAAGUCCUACACCAUGAUGGGUAAACAGGACGUCAAGGACCAACAAGGAAUCAUUCCCUUGAUGUGUGAAGAUCUUUUUACUAAGAUCCACAACAACGCAGACAACAGCAUGGCUUACUCUGUGGAAGUCAGCUACAUGGAGAUCUACUGGGAACGUGUGCGGGUGAACCCCAAAAACAAAGGACACCUGCGUGUGCGAGAGCAUCCUCUGCUGGGUCCUUACGUGGAGGAUCUGUCCAAGCUCGCCGUCACCUCCUACAACGACAUCCAGGACUUGAUGGACUCUGGAAAUAAGGCCAGGACUGUGGCUGCCACUAACAUGAAUGAGACCAGCAGCCGCUCACACGCCGUCUUUAACAUCAUUUUCACUCAGAAACGUCACGAUGCUGAAAGUGACAACUCUACCGAGAAGGUUAGUAAAAUAAGUCUGGUGGAUCUGGCUGGCAGUGAGAGGGCAGAUUCCACUGGAGCUAAAGGAACAAGGCUGAAGGAAGGAGCAAAUAUCAACAAAUCCCUAACGACUCUGGGCAAAGUCAUCUCUGCUUUAGCCGAAGUGGAUUCUGGACCAAAUAAGAAUAAGAAGAAGAAAAAAGUGGAAAGCUUCAUUCCCUACCGAGACUCAGUUUUGACCUGGCUGCUGCGAGAAAACUUGGGGGGUAACUCGCGCACUGCCAUGGUAGCUGCUCUGAGUCCUGCUGACGUCAACUACGAUGAGACUCUCAGCACACUCAGGUAUGCAGACAGAGCCAAACAGAUCCGUUGCAACGCUGUCAUCAACGAGGAUCCCAACAACAGAUUGGUGCGUGAGCUUAAAGAGGAGGUGGCCCGACUGAAAGACCUCCUCCUCUCCCAGGGCCUUGGCGACAUCAUUGAGACAUAUCGAGCAACCGGUGCAGAUAUAGAGGGUUUGAAAUGCCUGUCUGAUCACAAGAACAAUAACAAUACAGGUCAAGCUGUCAAUCAAAGGGGUGAUCUCUCCACAGUGACUAAUGCCAUGACAGGGAUGAGUCCGUCUCCGUCCCUCUCAGCCUUGUCCAGCCGUGCUGGAUCCAUCGCCAGUCUGCAUGACCGCAUUAUGUUCAGUCCAGGAAGUGAGGAAGCCAUUGAGAGGCUGAAGGAAACAGAGAAAAUCAUUGCUGAGCUCAAUGAAACCUGGGAAGAGAAACUUCGCCGCACAGAGGCCAUUCGAAUGGAAAGAGAGGCCCUGCUGGCCGAAAUGGGUGUUGCAAUACGGGAGGACGGUGGAACAGUGGGAGUGUUCUCCCCUAAGAAAACGCCUCAUUUAGUGAACCUUAACGAGGACCCUCUGAUGUCUGAGUGUCUGCUGUACUACAUUAAAGAUGGAAUCACCAGGGUUGGUCGCUUAGACGCCAGCAGUCGUCAGGAUAUCGUUCUAAGUGGCCACUUCAUCAAGGACGAGCACUGCACCUUUACAAGCAGUGAUGGUCCUUUGGGGGAAACUUCUGUUAUCCUGGAGCCCUGUGAAGAGGCUGAGACCUACGUCAAUGGGAAGAGAGUGACAGAAGCUACUGUACUCAAAUCAGGGAAUCGAAUCAUCCUGGGGAAGAGCCACGUGUUCCGUUUCAACCACCCCGUUCAGGCUCGAGCGGAGAGGGAGCGGACGCCCUGUGCUGAAACGCCAGUCGAGCCCGUGGACUGGGCCUUCGCUCAGAGGGAGCUACUGGAUAAACAGGGCAUCGACAUGAAACAAGAGAUGGACCAGAGGCUGCAGGAGUUGGAGGACCAGUACCGCAAAGAAAGAGAGGAGGCCAACAACCUCCUGGAACAACAGAGACUAGAUUAUGAGAGCAAGUUGGAAGCUCUACAGAAACAAGUGGAACGAUACCACCCAGACGUUCCCGAGGAAGAGGAGGAGCUGGAAGAAGAAGCACAAUGGACAGAGGCGGAGAGGGAGCUGGCCGUGUGGGGCUUCCGUAAGUGGAGGUGCUACCAGUUCACCUCGCUCCGUGACCAGCUGUGGGGAAAUGCCAUCUUCCUUAAAGAGGCCAAUGCCAUCAGCGUGGAACUCAAGAAAAAGGUCCAGUUCCAGUUCGUGCUGCUCACGGACACCCUCUACUCUCCUCUGCCUCCGGACUUCUCGCCCUCUGAGGAAACCAAGGAGAGGGAUAAAAGGCACUUCCCACGUACCAUUGUGGCGGUGGAGGUGCAGGAUCAGAAGAAUGGAGCCACACAUUACUGGACAUUAGAGAAAUUAAGACAACGGCUGGAUCUGAUGAGGGAGAUGUACGAUCGCGCUGCUGACGUGCCCAACAACACCAUUGAGGACAGCGAAAAUGUGAUGACCGGAGGCGACCCCUUCUACGACCGCUUCCCCUGGUUCCGUCUGGUCGGAAGAAACCCCAUUUUCAACACAUGCAUGAGUGAGCGCAUGAGUGACCCCACCCCUUCCCCAACCCUCUCCAACUCUGAAAUUACUGAGCUGGCUAACUCACAGCGAGAGGGUCAAGGGGAGGAGGAAGAGUUGGAGGAGUUGGAGGACCUGGACGAUGAUAUCUUUUUGGAGGACCCGUGUUUGGAGCUCGGGGGAGAGGAUGAUGAUGAUGAUGAUGGUGAUGAUGAUGAUGAUGAUGAUGAUGAGAGAGAGCUCUGCCGAGGCUCCAGCGAAGGCCAGGAUCCCUUUUACGACCGCUCACCAUUAUUCAGUGUAGUGGGAAGGGCCUUUGUCUAUCUUAGCAACCUUCUGUAUCCAGUUCCGCUCGUCCACCGCGUGGCCAUUGUCAGCGAGAAAGGAGAAGUGAAAGGCUUCCUGCGGGUGGCCGUGCAGGCCAUAUCAGCUGACGAGGAAGCUCCUGACUACGGCUCAGGAGUGCGGCAGUCUGGCACGGCCAAGAUUUUAUUUGAGGAUCAGCAGUAUGAAAAGUUCCAGUCGGAGUUCUGCUCUGCGGGACUAUCUCGAACAGGGAUAUCACACGAGGAGCUUCGUAUUGUGGAGGGCGAGGGGCAAAGCAGCGAAGCGGAACCCUCAGCCGAUGAGGUCAACAACAACACAUGUGCGGCUGGUGGAGAAGAGCGGGAGAGUCCACUGAAGGCCAGUCUUGACGAUUCUCUGGAGCACCUGAAGAUUGGUGAUGUUUUCACCUUCAGGGUGACGGUCCUGCAGGCUUCCAGCAUCUCCGCAGAAUACGCCGACAUCUUCUGUCAAUUCAAUUUCAUCCACCGCCACGAUGAGGCCUUCUCCACCGAGCCCCUGAAAAACACCGGUCGUGGACCUCCUCUUGGCUUCUACCACGUGCAGAAUUCUCCCUGCAGUCCAUUAACAUACUUUUUUUUAUGUUUUGGCUUUUGCAGACAGUUUCUUGAUUCGGACAUGCCUAGCAUUUCCUUGGGAGUUGACCAUAGGACCUUCUAUCGCUUCGAAGCCGCUUGGGACAGUUCCAUGCACAACUCCUUGCUGUUGAACCGCGUUACUCCCAACGGCGAGAAGAUCUACAUGACCCUGUCAGCAUAUCUGGAGAUGGAGAGCUGCACUCAGCCCGCAGUCAUUACCAAAGACGUAUGCAUGGUGUUCUACUCUCGAGACACGAAGCUCUCGGCGUCCCGCUCCAUCCGCAACCUUUUUGGCACUGGUAGCUUAAGAGCAGCAGACGGAAACCGAGUAACUGGAGUUUAUGAGGUCAGUCUCUGUAACCUGGCAGAUAUAGGAAGUCCAGGUAUGCAGAGAAGACGCAGGCGGGUGCUGGACACCUCGGUUGCCUACGUCCGUGGGGAAGAGAACCUUGCUGGGUGGAGACCUCGCAGUGACAGCCUCAUUUUGGACCACCAGUGGGAGCUGGAGAAACUGAGCCUCCUUCAGGAUGUGGAGAAAACCAAACAUUACCUCCUGCUGAGAGAGAAACUGGAGUCCACUCUGCUCACGGGCCAAGAGGCCAGUAUCGCCGAGGAGCUGAGUGAGUCUCCUCAGCCCGCCGAGGUUGACCCAGAGGUCAGCUUCAGUACAGAAUUUACCACUGAAAGGCAGAGGGAGCUCGCUGCCAAGUGUUUACGGCUGCUCACCCACUCCUUCAACAGAGAGCACGGCCACGUGUGUGUCAGUGCCAGUGAGAGCAAGAUCUCAGAGAUGUCCGUGACGACCCUGAAAGAAUCCGCUUCCGUUUCCGCCCUCAACACCAUCACGCCCUCCUCUACGUGCCCUUCGCUGGUGGAGGGCUGCUACAGCGCUGAACUCAGACCUCCAGUGCUGCGCUCCCGUGCCGUUAGCCCCAGUCCUGAAUCAGAGCAGGAAACAACAGAGACGACAAAAAGCAGCGAGGGAGUUCCCGAAGUCAAGCCUCGCAUCCACAGAUUUAUCCCCGAUAUCCAGGAGAUCAGAGUGAGUCCCAUCGUGUCAAAGAAGGGUUACAUACAUUUCUUGGAGCCACAAACCAACGGGUGGGUGAAGCGCUACGUCAUGGUGCGACGGCCAUACGUCUACAUCUACAACACAGAAAGAGACGCCGUGGAGCGAGCCAUUCUCAAUCUGUCCUCCGCUCAGGUGGAGUACAGUGAGGACCAACAGGCAAUGCUCAAGACUCCACACACCUUCGCUGUGUGCACACAACACAGAGGGAUUUUACUUCAAGCCACCAGUGACAAAGAGAUGCAUGACUGGCUGUACGCCUUUAACCCCCUCCUCGCUGGAACUAUCAGGUCAAAGCUGUCAAGAAGACGAGCCGGACAGAUGAGGAUGUAAAACACAGACAGAAGGUUUCAGGAGAACGAUCAUAAAGACUUCAAUGUACAUAGAUCCAAAUUGCACCCCCCCGGCCCCCAUUCUUGUGCUGAGCCCAGCUACCACUGUCGCAACCAAUGCUUCUUCCCUGUGUGUUCUUAUUUCAUCACCUGGCCUUGCCGGCCUAAGCGCUCACGUAGUGUCGGUUUUUUGUUGUUUUUUUGCCACAGUGUGAGUCUUGUAUUCCGGAGAACUCCUUGGGAAAGCUGUCACCGUUCUGUCUGAUCAACCGACGAAUACAGAGGAAGUAGCAACAGUUUCUUAUCUCAGAUUACAUAUGUAUGGUAAUGUACUGUAGUUAUUGUCAGUGACACCACGCCUUAUAUAACACACCUUGAAAUGUAGUGACACGUUCCUUAUUUAGAGCUGCCAUGGCAACGGGGGGAUCACGUCGCGACGGUAACUAGUCAAAGUAGCAGAUUCUUCUGAACGCUGUCGUAAUGUAAACACUGUCAGAACAGGUUCGAGGACGACGUACGAGGAGAUAAUGCACAAAAACAAAAAAAAAAGAAAAGAAAAGAAAGGAAAAUCUUUGACUGUUAAGCGCAACUCUAUAGAAUAUUUCUUCUUUCUGCUCCGUGAAUCCUCCUGAAUUUGAGUCUUUCACUUCGAGCUACUUAGAAGCUUCGGCGCAUCACGUUGAAUUACACACAGCUUGACAAGAGAACGGCAACUCAACGGACGGUUUAUGUUCACGUGGCCCGAGUGGCCGUCACGUUUUCAUUUUCAUUUUCGAACUAACCGCGAUCACACUAAUCCUGUAACAUUUCAUUUCGUCUUUAAAUGUGAUAUAUAUAUUUAGAUAUUUACCAGCUAAAUUAUUUAUUUCUGCGUGUAUUUAUUUAUUUAUAAAGACGUUUAUAUUUCUUAACGGUGCAAUCUAUGCACGCUGCACUUUUAAUAUCAGUUCCGCGAAGGUUUCAGUAAUAAAGUCUCACACCCCUCACGUCAACACUGCUGAAGUAUUUUGAAAAAAUACCCGAUGGUUGGCUUGUUUCUUCGUCUAAUUGGCUGAUAGAUUGCAUCCGCCCUUAAUUAGCUAAUAUUAUUGAGAAGUUUAAAAUAGAAAAUACUCACGCACAUGCUGCAAUGUUGGAUGGUUAAAAAGGUUGAGCUGUAGUGCCUCUCCAUGCCUCUGCACCAGUUACUCACAGCCUACUUCCUGACAUAGUACUACUCUCAAAAUCCCUACAUCACUCCUACAUUCAUAAAUCACAAAAUAUUCCUACUCAAUCCAAAGGACUCAUUUACUCUCCUAAUGUCAUAUUACAACAGAUGUUUCCUUAACACACAGUAUACCAGAUAAUUUCGUCUUUGGAGAAGAAAUGAUCUGGGGCAGGUCAACACCUGCUUUUUUGCUUAAUCUAGGGAUCGAAAUUGUGAAAAUCAAAUUAUAGCUUGUUAUAUGUAUGUCAAAAACUGUUGAAAACUUUGCUAAUUUUAACAGUUUUUUUGUCAAGUUAAAGUUAAAGAAUAUCUCAUGUCAGGCUGUGAAAUCACAACAUCUGUCUUAUAACUUUCAGCCUCCUUGCUACAGCUCUCCAGUUUGUCUAUGACAUAUUUGUUUGUCAUGUUGUCAUGGAUACUUGUGACAGAGAAAGGGUUUUUUUUUUUUUUUCUCUUUUUCAUUUUAUAAUUGAUGAAAAAAUGGGAACUGACAGGAGAUCGUGCCUCAGGUCAGCCAGCCUGGAGAGCAUGUCCUCUGACAGAAAUGUCAUGUCACGUUUGUAUGACAACAACACAAGUGAUCUGUUUAAAAAACUGUUUAUAGUCAACUGUUUAUUCAACUCAACCCUUAAAUGUAAUCACUUCUUUCAUUCCGAGUUUUUUUGUGUGUUAAGGACAUGAAAAUGAAAAAAAAAAAAAAACUCAACUACAAACAUGCACCACUGGCAGUAGGUUGGUAAUGAAGAAUGAAUGUCUGUCUGUAUGCUCUGCUUGUAUUGUGAUCAAUGGGGCGACUGUGCUCCCUCACUGGCGUCUUUGGCUGCAGAUACUACACCUGUUUAUCCAUCUCUAAUUUCAUCGCUGAGAGAAAAUACCUGGUGCACACUCUACGCUGUCGUUUCCGUCUCAUUUCCUCCUUAAAUGUAAGCUCCACUUGUUCCUCCUUUUUGUUUUCACCGUGUGUCACAUGUGAGCCAACCAAAGGUUCGUUGGUGCAAUUACAAAAAGAAUACAAUGCUGAAUGUAAAUCGAUAUAAAAAAAGCCCUUAUUUUGCUGAAGUGAUUGUUUCAAUUUGUGAUAGUGUGAUUUUUUUUUUUUUUUUUUUUUUAUCGGUUAUAGGUGGAUUAAAAUCAGGGAGCCCUAUAGAGCAUACCUGUCAUAUUCUGCCUGCUGCUCUAUGGAUGUAUUCACUUCAGUAUGGCCCUGCCACAUCAUAUACAGAUUACAGCUGCUUAUUUUACUGUCCCACUCUCACUUUUAUCUCAGCAUCGACCUUUACAAUCCCGUCACACUCUCACUUUUAUCUCAGCAUCGACCUUUACCAUCCUGCUCUGACAAUUUUCAGGAACUCUACCCUUUUUCUAGUCCUUCUCUCCUUUUAAGGAAUGUCAUUUGGAUUUUUGUGCUUCCACAUCUUAUCUCAUUUUUCACACUAUUGAUUUUUUUUUUUUUUUUUUUUUUGCAUUGUACAUAAACACGAUUGCUGUGAACACUGUAUUAUAAUGUUGCAUCCAUUUACAAGAAUCCCAGACGGGCAGUAGUGAAGUCAGUGUUGCUCAGUGUUGGAGUUUUGCGUCAAAUGUUUGUGUACACUAAAAACAUUGUCAUGUAUGAAAUAAACAUGAAAAUUAUGCAACA